GAAAUGUCAUUAUGGGGUGGGAGCGUGUAAUCCCCAAUUCGUCAACAGACAAUUUGGGAUGGUCAAGGCGAUUCUAGAACUAAGGUAUAGUUCUGUGAACAAAGGGAGUUCCUGGAGGAAGAUGAAUAUGACUCCCAAAAUCAAGAGCGUAAAGGUGCCUCCCUAUAAGCCAACUCCACUCUACACUUCAGCCUUCCAUGAGUUCUGGAAAAAUAAACUCUACUUGUGGCUUCCAGAAUCUGCUAAGCUUCUUUAUGCUACAACCUUCAAGGAUUGCCCUUUUUCCCGAAUGAUACAGAGCAAGAGGAGGCAUCCAUGCUAAGGAGGCUGAAGCAUCUUCAGAGGCUGGAAGUGAUAGAAAUCGUUCUGGACAAGCUUGGCUGCCAUGAAAAGGAUGGUAAGGAUCCUAUCAGAAUGUUCCCUAUUGAAUUAUGCUGAUUUUGUAAUUUUGUCAGCAGAUCAAGAGACUUCUCCAACUUCUUAUGGAGAUUCAUCAGAUGAAGAGGAGGAAGCAGGAAGAGGAACAAUAGCUGCACCUUCUUCCUCUCAGCCCUUUCAGAGGAAACAUGAGGCUCGUGCUGCUCCUGCUUCAGGGAUUGAGCCUAAAUCGGCUCUAGUAGAAGUUUCAAAAAGACAUGAAAAGAGGACAAGGGUGGAUUCGCCUUCUGGAGAGGAAAGGGAGCCUGAAACGCCUGAUAUUCCAGUAGCUCACGCAAGGGAAAGUGAUGGUUCAAUAGCCUUCCACCAAUGGUAAAAAAUCUCGAUUUAUAGGGCUAAGUGAAUUUGGUGAAAGUGGAAGAUGAAAAAGUUCUCCAAACAUCAGAGCAGCAAUCAGGCUUGAAUGUGGGUGUAACGGGUGAUGCUCCUGGGAAAAAAGCUUCUGAAACUCCAGGCCAGAGUGGCCCUAGUACCUCAGCUCCAAAAUCCUCAAGUUCUGCUAAUUUUACCAGUGCAGAAGGAAAGAAGAUUCUUUGGGAUCUGAGAAGGUCUGAUGAAGUCCUUGGUCUUGUGGUGGAUAGGCUAAGGGAGCUGUGGAAUUUAUUUAGAUCUCCAGAUUUUAACCCGGUUCAAGACUCUGAUAAACUCUCUAAGGUGCAGCCCCUGCUCCUUCAAAUUGCACAAGCAAAACCUCACUUGGCCCUAGUGUGCCACUCUCUGAAUUACUGGUUGGGCAAAAUGUUAAAACACAUAUUCGUGGUAAU